AGUAUGCCCGCUGGAUGGCUGAUCCCAAUUGCGAUCUUCUUCGUCCUUUCGUUUCCACCACUGUUCGGACAAGAAAUCGUCGCAGUCCUCGUCGGAGAUGUGUGGGGGCCCUGGAUAGGCUUUGGGAUUGUAUGCGCGGGUACAUUCAUCGGCGAGAUUGGCAACUUCUAUGCCUUCAAGUGGUGGUGCAUGAGCCGCGGGCGCAAAUGGGAACAAACACAGUUGACGUACGCGCUGCUCGCUCAGGUCGUGCGAGAAGGUGGGCUCUUCGUCCCCAUCAUCAUGCGCUAUAGCGCCAUUCCAGGACACUUCACGACGGCCGUCUUCGCGACGUGUGGCGUCAGCAUCUGGACGUACCUAAUCUCAGCGGCUCUCUCGCUCCCCAAGCAAUUUGCCGUCGUCUUCCUGGGCGCGAACCGAAACGGACCCCCAACAGCCCGGGUUGCUCUCCUCAAUGUUGCGGUCGUCGCGGUCAUUGUGAUAGUCACAAUUGUCGCGAUGUGGUACGUCAACAGGCGGAUUGAGAUGAUCAAGGAGGAGGUCAUCUACGCGCGGAGACAG